AUGCAGAUGUCCAGCAGGAAGCUGGAAGAUCGACACGGUGCAAACACCCAGUGUCCCCGUCUCCUCACUGACGGUGCAAACACCCCGUGUCCCCGUCUCCUCGCUGACGGUGCAAACACCCCGUGUCCCCGUCUCCUCACUGGCGGUGCAAACACCCAGUGUCCCCGUCUUCUUGCUGACGGUGCAAACACCCAGUGUCCCCGUCUCAUCGCUGACGGUGCAAACACCCAGUUUCCCCGUCUUCUUGCUGACGGUACAAACACCCAGUGUCCCCGUCUCCUCACUGACGGUGCAAACUGUCCCCGUCUUCUCGCUGACGGUGCAAACACCCAGUGUCCCCGUCAUCUCGCUGACUGUGCAAACACCCCGUGUCCCCGUCCCCUCGCUGAUGGUGCAAACACCCAGUGUCCCCGUCUUCUCGCUGACGGUACAAACACCCUGUGCCCCCGUCUCCUCACAGACGGUGCAAACGUCAGUGAGGCCACAGACCUGCCAUAA